CAUGACCUGCCCACUGGUUCCACAGAUGACCUGUCCUUUUUACCACCACCGCCCCCAAGUGAAUGGGAAAUGGACUUACCUCCUCCACCACCUGAUCCUGAGAAGGAGCCAAUAGCAAAGGAUGCUUUAGAGUCAAAAGACAAAGUGGACAAAAUCAAGCUUGCUUUGGACAAAAUGAAGGAAGCUAAAGUUAAAAAGCUAAUUGUUAAGAUACACAUGACCGAUAACAGCACAAAGACCUUGAUGGUGGAUGAGCGUCAAACAGUUCGUGACAUCCUGGACAACUUAUUUGAGAAAACCCACUGUGACUGCACC